AUGGUGGGCGCUUGGACACGUUUGGUCCCGAGACAGAGGCAACAAGAAUUCUUUGGGCAGUCUGUUCUAGAAUGGUUAUAUUUGAAUCUGGGUCUUGAGGCUCGUGCUUUUGGCUCAUCAUGGGCAACUCUCUUUGCGAUCUCCGUGUGGUGGGGCUGGAAAUGGAGGUGUGGGAACGUCUUCGGAGUUGUUGGGAAAUGUCGGGACAGAGUUAAGUUCUUGAAAGAGUUGGCGAAGGGAUGGAUGAAACUAAACACCGAUGGUGCUUCGCGAGGGAACCCGGGGCUUGCUGCAGCAGGUGGAGUCCUUCAAAAUGCAUAUGGAGAAUGGUGUGGGGGCUUUGCGCUGAACAUUGGAAGCUGUACAGCACCUUUGGCAGAGCUGUGGGGUGUCUAUUAUGGACUUUACAUUGCAUGGGAAAGAGGAGUGAGGCGACUAGAAGUGGAGAUUGAUUCGGAGUUGGUAGUUGGGUUUCUUCAGACAGGGAUUGGGGAUGCACAUCCGCUGUCGUUCCUGGUACGCUUGUGCCAUGGCUUCAUCACAAGGGACUGGAUAGUCCGCAUAAGUCACGUGUAUAGGGAGGCUAAUCGUCUAGCUGAUGGAUUAGCUAACUAUGCUUUUACUGUUCCUUUGGGUUUUCAUAGUUUGCAGUUAGUUCCUGCCAGUGUGGAUUCAAUCCUACAAGAUGAUGUUAUAGGAUAUGAAUGCCCACGAAACAUUUGUAUUACUUAA